GAUGCACUGGAGAAGAACAUCAAACUGACCGAUGAAGGAAGUGAAAUGGUGGUAAAUGGGUCAGCUGAGUAUCGGGUAUACGAACUAGUGGGAACUGAUGGUGCGCUGCAGGCUGACAUUAUGAAGUUUCCCUUCGGAAAGAUCGGGAUAAAUAAAGCGUUGGCGUCUGGAUGGAUAAGCAUUGAUAAGAGUGGUGUAGAGGAUACUGUACGAGCACAGCUAGAAGCUUUGAACAUUGGAGCAGAGCUUGAUGAAAAAUCAGUGGCUGAACUAAAAAAGAGGAAACUCGUAUCGGAAGUUCUUACAAAAUAUAUAAUUGUCAAUAAAGGACCGAAGUUCACCACAUCAAUUAGUAAACCUGAAGUGGAUUUAACUCCGGAGAUGAUAGCUACGGGUUCAUGGAGGAGCAAAACAUUCAAACAGUACAACUUUGAUUCGUUGGGUGUACCUCCUACAUGUGGGCAUAUACAUCCGUUGAUGAAGGUGCGUUCGGAAUUCCGUGAAAUCUUCUUCUCAAUGGGCUUCUCAGAGAUGCCGACAAAUCGGUACGUGGAGAGCUCAUUUUGGAAUUUCGAUGCCCUGUUCCAACCUCAACAGCAUCCUGCGAGAGAUGCACAUGAUACGUUUUUCAUUUCAGAUCCUGCACGAAGCACGAAUUUUCCCAAAGAUUACCUUGAACGUGUGAAAGCUGUUCAUUCAAAAGGAGGAUAUGGAUCAAUUGGUUACAACUAUGAUUGGAAAAUUGAGGAGGCACAGAAAAAUGUGCUACGCACGCAUACAACUGCAGUAUCGGCACGUCAACUCUUCAAGCUUGCUCAGGAGGGUUUCCGCCCAACGAAAAUGUUCUCAAUCGAUAGAGUAUUCCGGAACGAAACGUUGGAUGCAACUCAUCUAGCUGAGUUCUAUCAAGUAGAAGGUGUUAUCGCUGAACGCAGUUUAUCCCUAUCUCAUCUCAUUGGCGUAUUCACGGAGUUUUUCAAGAAGCUUGGUAUUGAAGAUCUCCGAUUCAAGCCAACAUAUAAUCCAUACACGGAGCCCUCAAUGGAGAUAUUCGCUUAUCAUAAAGGACUGAAAAAAUGGGUCGAGAUUGGGAACUCGGGGAUGUUUCGGCCAGAGAUGUUGUUACCAAUGGGAUUGCCGCUUGAUGUGAAUGUCGCGGGAUACGGACUAUCAUUGGAGAGACCGACUAUGAUUCGAUACGGUAUCAACAACAUUCGAGACCUGUUUGGACCGAAGGUGGACCUGCAAAUGAUCUAUGACGGCCCAAUAUGUCUGCUCGACAAGGUGAAAAGUUGA